AUGAUGCUAUUAAUGAUUAUCUUUAUGAUACAUAUUUUAAAAAAUUGUUACCAUCUAGUCUUAUUAUUGAUUAUCAUAGUGCAGGUAUAAUACCUGAUAAUAAUUAUGUACAUGGUAUAUUUGUUUUACGUUGUAAUAAUAAUAAAUUAUAUGAACGAUUAAAAAAUCGAAAUUAUUCAGAAAAAAAACUUCAACAAAUUAUACAAUUUGAAAAUUUUCAAAUAUGUCUUCAUGAAGCUCGUGAAGCAUUUGAUGAAUCAAUUGUUCAUGAACUUAUUAAUGAAACUGAAAAUGAUUUAAAAAAUAAUAUUGAAUAUUUAUUAAAAUGGAUUGAUCGAUGGCCAUUAAACGAUUCUAUUGAUUAG